UAAAUAUAUCUGCUGCAAAAUACAUCGAAGUGAAUACAGAGUAAUUUUGCAUUCACAUCACAGGAACUGUUCAAAAGAAAGCAAUGCGCUUGAUGAAGCAUUGCCCAAUCACAUGAUGUACUAGCUCACAUGAGGUCACCAGCUAGGUACCCAGGGCAUCCUCUUCGUCAAGGCAUAUGUGCAUAUGUGCUUCGGAGUUUGCAAAAUUUCGUCACACUAUAACCUAUGUCAAGGUUACAACUGAUUCAGCAACAUCUGGCGAAUGCGAGAUCAAUUUCGGGGUUAAGUAAAACAAUGGCGGCCAUUACAUAACUCCAAGCAGCGAAUGAAUUCGGGGUUUGACAUUCCUACUCUGGGAUAUGGCGUAUGUAAAAUCAGUAGCCCUCGGUGCCAACCAUCUCUAACAGCUAUACAGGUAUACAAAGUGCAAGUAAAACAUAUUGGCAGUCACUUUGACUUUUCACUGAUUCCAGCCAAAGUCCAGCAGAAAUUUGCGGUGAAGUAGUAACACAGGCAUUGAAAGCUGGGUAUCGUCAUGUUUGAGACUCCUCCCCGAACUAGCUUUCAUGAUAUGACUGAUACUACCAGGUUGACUGUGCUGCCAUGUACCGCAAUGAGAAACCAGCUGGGAAAGCCAUUCUGGACUCUGGCAUCCCUCGCGAAGAAGUGUUCUACACCAGCAAAGUUUACCAGCCAGCUCUGACUUAUGCAGGCGUGAAAGCCCAAGUAGAGUUGAGCUUGAAAGAGUGCGGCCUCGGCUACAUUGAUCUCAUGUUACUUCAUGCCCCAUAUGGUGGACGGGAGGGUCGGAAGGCUGCUUGGAAAGCACUUGUCGAGUCCGUUGAAGAGGGAAAAGUCCGCAGCAUCGGUGUCAGCAAUUACGGAGUGGAGCACCUGGACGAGAUGGAGGAGUAUAUGAAGGAACUCGAAGAAGAAGGUGGCAAAGGAAAGGGUGGCGUGAUUAGCGUUGGCCAGUGGGAGAUCCAUCCGUGGAUUCCUCGAUCAGACAUUGUUGAAUGGUGUAAGAAGCGAGAUAUCAUUGUAGAAGCCUACUCACCUCUUGCCCGCGGACAAAGACUCGAUGACAAGGAUCUUCAGCCCCUGACGCAGAAGCAUGGAAAGAGUGCUGCUCAGAUUCUCGUCCGAUGGAGUUUGCAGCACGGCUUUGUGCCACUUCCGAAGAGUGAGACCUCAAAUCGGAUCAUCCAAAAUGCUGCAGUCUAUGAUUUCGAGUUGACUGAGGAGGAUCUUAAUAGCCUUACUUUCGAAAGCUACAGUCCAAGCGGCUGGGAUCCAACUGUUGCGACGUUGGAUAGAUAGAGCCACAUUUUGCUUAUUCUCGGUUGACAACGACGUAAAUAUAGUCUGUUGGCGGUAUAGUCCAAUCAUUCCACUGUGGAGUAUUUCCAGCCAUGAAUGGUACUUGAUAGAUGAAGUCCUUGAUUAUCCGCACUUGGCAGAACAGGGUACGGGAACUGAGUGAAUAGCUGAUAGCUGAUAGUGGAGGGGUUGUGUUUGCCUUGAAAGAGUUCUUGCCAAGCACAGUAAAAUGCCUGUAGUCCCGCCUUUGAAAGUCGAGACCAUUUCUUUUGUUCGGAAAUGAUCCAUCUUAUGCAAUUGGUAUCAUGGCAACGGAAUAUUCAAGUUUGGGAAUAUCGAGGGUGAAGAAUUGAAC